GGCUAUUCUGAAUUGUCACUCACAGAAAAUUAUAAAUAAAUGCUUAAAAGCACGCUGGAUGUCCCAGGCCAUAAGGCUGCCACGAGGGUCCCAGAGAAUGCCACGGGCUGCCAGAGGAUGCCACAGUGUGCCAGGAGCUGCCAGAGGAUGCUAAAUUUGGGGACACUUUGCAUCUUGGUUUUAGAAAGUGACAAGUCUAAAGCUGUGUACACAUUACUUGCUUAUCCUCUAAAUUCUAUGCUGUAAAUUAAAACUUUUGAAAUCAUCACAGCCCAAGUGUGUAAUGGCCCUUUUCUAUUAGUGCCUACUCAGCUUGACUCAACUCUACACCGUUCAGGUCGUUUUCCACUAUAGUUAAUGCCCUGUUUUUUCAUGGGACCUACUUUGGGCGGCUCCAUUCCACUCAGACCGUUUUGGAACAGUUUCUUUUGCUAGCUAUUCCAGACCAGUACUGGCUUUCUUGGUAUCUGCUCAUCAGCAGGUCCCAUCGAGGCUGAGCUGGGCUGAAAUGUGAUGUAAACAGAUGGCUGUUCACUGAUUGGCCAUGAGUGUUGUCAACCGUAUGAUGGCAGCAUGAGAAAGUGUUCGCCAAGGACUGCACAAUAUGCCUGCAUGUUGUUGGGAUACACUCUGCACAAAAGUAGGGUAGCCACUGACCUCCACAGAACUAUUAGUGACUUGGAAGCACAUAUGAGCCUGACAAGAAAGUUGCUACGUCUGGGGAACUCUGUGGAGGCUCUGCAGGCAGCCAAGAGGGCUAUCCACCUUUCUGACAGUGUGCUGAGGCUCUGCCUGACCAUCGGCCACCUGAACAGAGCCAUGUACUUUGCCUGUGACAAUGUGCUGUGGGCAGGAAAAACGGGCAUUAUUUCCAAACUGGAUCAACAGAAAUGGAGUCAGAGGUCUUUCAGGUACUACCUAUUUGCUCUGAUCCUCAAUGUCACUCGAGAUGUGUAUGAGCUCUGCCUUCUUCUGGACUCUGAGGAUCGUUAUAGAAGUGCCAAAUGCUCAUCCAAUCCCAGCAGUGCCCUUCCUGCUCACCACCUCUCCCCCUCCUCAUCAUCUUCUCCUGCUCUUAUGUGGGCAUGGCUCUGCAGACAUAUCCAUCAAGUGGUAACUGUCCUGUACAGCAACCCACCACUGUUGUUGGACCUACUGAAGAACGGCUGUGAUAUUUUCAUCCCACUGGACAAACUGGGUAUCUAUCGGACGGGCCCAGGCUUUGUUGGGACUUGUGGAGUGCUCUCAUCAGUCCUAUCUAUAGUCACCAUGCUCCACCCAUGGCUGAAACUUAAGCCAUGAGCUCAAAAAACACAGAAUGGGUCAUCACACUGAGUUCUGUGACAGAAAGUGGGUUCUGCUGUCUCUGUUGCACAUUAUGGUUCAAUACAACAGAAGGCCUUUAAAGACCAAUCUUUGCAUCCACUGGGGACCAAAUGCAUUAAAAAGAAAUGAACAAUAGUAUGUCAUUAAAAUUAUGGGCACACAUGCGUCUGGCAAUUUAAAAUUGUUUCCUCUUUUAGUAAUGUUUUUUGAAAAUUAAACUUCGUCUAAAUCUCAUAACUCGAGACGGAAAAUCUGAAAGAUAAUUAAAUUUUGUCCCCAUUCUAACUGUCCAUGCACCUAGCAGCAGAUGUAGUCAGGAGUUUGUUCUUUUCUUCACGACCGGUAAUUGGUCUUUGUGUAAAAUGUGACUGGCUCUUUAUAAAUAUCUUUGUGUGCUGAGAAAGGUGUAUGCUUGGCUUAGUUGGUAAUGUAGUUUAUGCAUCUGACCCCCUGAUGUUGCAGUUCACAUUUAGUUUGUCAGAAGAUGAAUUAUCAGGCACUGAUGUCAAGGAGCAACAUCUUGGAUCCUGUUUUUCCACAUGGAUCUCAAUGAUGCUCUAUAACCUAUAACUCAGCAAGAUGCAACUAAAGCAUGCUGACAGGAUGCACCGUCUAUUAUUUCUCUACCUAGUUGUGUUUCUUAAAUGUGACAUGAAUUCAAGUUUUAGUAGUAUGCAAAGCGCUUACUCUCCCCUCAGGAUUUUCUUUCUGGGUUUUUUUUAAUCAAAACAAAAAAAAACAAAAGGAUUUCAAAGCUACAUCCACUGAUGGACACUGCCUGACCUCAAUAAGUACUUAUAACUUUACUUGGAUUUUAAAUUGUAAAUUUUUAUAUUUUUAAUGAAAGUUUGAUUUUGUUUUUUCAUUUUUAGAUUACCAUCUUUGUGUGAAAUUCCCUGACCCAUGAUCCAGUCUUAAUCUUUCUCUUAGGUUUUAAGCAAGAUCUAUUAAAAACACCCGCAGCUAGACAACUUUGCAGAACAGCAUUGCACAAGCCUUUAGCUGAAAAUCAAUUUGCUUCUGGGAACAUGGCAAGAACUUCCAGAGAAAGCAUUUCUAGCUGUCCUCGGCUGAAAAGGCAAAUGCAAAAGCAUUGCUUGGACAUUGUCUUGGCUAAAAGGGCAAAUGAACAGAAAAGGCUGAAGCUAUCUAUGCUAGCGCUACAACAAUUUAAAAAAUAACAGUAAGGCACCUGUAUCUGCUAGAGUAAACUCGUAAAUAUGCAGGAUCGCAUAAGCUAAUGUUAACAUUGUUAAGCUGCAGUUUAAAUAUUAGCUACUUAUGGCAACACUAUUAUGGUGUUUGAUCCAAAUUCCACCUUCCAAGAUGUCUCCCAAAGUGUGAUCCACAUUAGAACGCACCUCAUAUAUAUCACUGUAUAUACAAAUGCUGCAAGUGCAGCAUUUGUAUAUACUGUGUAUAUACCAGACUGGCAGGUGUUCAAAUAUUUACUUGCAGCAGUAACACACAAAUAAAAUUAUUUUAAAAAUCA